CAUGCCCCCCGCCAUCGAGCACCCUCCACAACCUUCGAGCCCUACUCAUUCUCAAAUUCGAAACGCCGUCGCCGGACGCCCGAAUCUGAGCGCCAGCGAGGGCGGAUACACGGGCAGCGAGACCCCGCGAGUGAACGGAUACUCAUUCGUCGAUGCCACCCCUCCUUCCCCCGAAGACGAGGACGAAGACGAACCGCCCACAGACCUCCUCGAACGCUUCGGUGCAGGCAGCUCCUCGUCAACAGCCUCGCCCUUCACCAUCCCCGAGUCCCAGCGCCGCGAGAAACUCCAUCAUCAAAUGGUCGAUCGCAUCUCCGCUUCCAAACGCUCUUCAUCUUCUGCUUCAAACACUACGUCGUCUGUCUCCAAAGCCCCGACUCCUCAUCUUGGCCUCGGCCUCUUCACAUCCGAGAAGACGCCACGGUUCACCAGCGCCCCUACGCCCGCUGCUAUGCGCGAGCAGCUCGCAGCGAGGAAACUGGGGAAUCUGACGCCUGCUGCGCAAAGGCUUUUCCAGAGUGUGGGGAGGACGCCGGGGCGAGCUGGGAGUGCGGGAGGAGGAAGCGGCGGAUUCGGUGAUGCGCCUGGGAAGGGUGGGAAGAUGUGGACGCCUACACCCAGGACUGUUGGUGGCAGUGGCGGGAAGAAGGGUAGGAAGGCGUGAUGCGAUUGAUGGAUGCGAAGUGGAUUUCUAUGCAGAUGGACUUUAUGAUACCCCAAAUUUCACCUUCUAUUUUAUUCUUCUCCUCUAUUUUUUAAACUUGCGCCUGUGCUUGCAGACGUCAAUAACUUGUCCGUGUCCUUGAGACCUAUAUCUUAUCGACUAUCCCAUGAUUAUGAUUAUGAUUUGCCUGCAGAAGAUGACGACACAAGGAGGCAACACAUAAGUUCACAAACUGUGAACGGAAUUCAACAAGAGGUCAAUCAUGAC